UCCCCCCAUUCCCAUUCCCAUUCCCCCAUCUCGUCUCGUCUCCCCGGCGCACGCCAUCGCUUGCGUGCGCGUAGCAUUUAACCAACCGCAUCCCUCCUCACUGCUCCUCCGCGCCCCCAUUUCUCCCCCUCCCCCUCCGCCGGCGAUCGAUCGAUCCCGUCCGCUCCGCCUCCGCCUCCGCCGCCGCCGCUGCUCGCCGUCCGUCCGUCCGUCGAUCCGGUUCGCUGCUGUCCGCGCUCGCGUCAGGACAGGCGAUGGCGAGGAGCUCGUUCAAGCUGGAGCACCCCCUCGAGAGGAGGCAGGCUGAGGCCAACCGCAUCAGGGAGAAGUACCCUGACAGAAUCCCCGUCAUUGUUGAGAAGGCCGAGAGAAGCGAUAUCCCCGACAUUGACAAGAAAAAGUACCUUGUUCCUGCCGACCUCACAGUUGGACAGUUUGUCUAUGUGGUACGGAAGCGGAUCAAGCUCAGUGCCGAGAAAGCGAUCUUCAUCUUCGUAAAGAACACCCUCCCGCCAACAGCCGCUCUGAUGUCUGCCAUCUACGAGGAGAACAAGGACGAGGACGGGUUUCUCUACAUGACCUACAGCGGCGAGAACACCUUCGGGCUGUUCUAAGCCCAGGGCGUCGCGAAUGGCCCUCUGGCCUCGUCGCAAAUGUCUCCUGUAAAUACAUAUCUGAAGAACCUGUGUACAUAAUCCGGUCCGCCUUUGUCGCCAGCAGCUCUUAAGCUGUGCUCUGCUGUUAAAAAAGUCCUUUGAAGCGUAAAAUGCUCAGCACAUUUAUGUAGCCCUCUCGCCCUCUGGUUAAACUGGUCCAUUAUGCUUCAGAAAUUCUAUCAAGUGUUCGCCCCUGGUGUUAGUAACUUUGGUUGCUCAAA